CGCGCGCGCACGCACGGUCGCACGCUCGCGCCGAACUCAGUCAGCUCCUGUCUGUGUGGUGAUCAUUGUAGCGCUCAGCGCGUGUGGAGAAGAAGCGGCACUGUUUGUUUCCUCGCGACUGAAUGAACGAAUGAGUGAAUGAAUUAACGACUGAGUUCAACUGCCUGAGAGGACACGCGAGUGCGAGAACCCCGGUCCUAUCGGUUCUGAUGUGCGCGAGCGACGGACGGGACGCGGGGCGAUGGAGCGCUCGCGAGGAAACACAGAUGUAUUGUGGACUGAUGGUCACACCAUGAAUGAUCGCCGCUCCUGAGUGAUUUUCUCACAGAAACCGUUUCAACGUUAACACACCCUCGAUCAUCAUUUUGAUUCGCUGGCUCUCCUGUCCUCCAUGGCCACCUUUCUAAACUCUGUGCUUUUCCUGGUCCUCCAGGCGUACGCCGCCCCACCAGAGUACAUCCAGGUGUGGCCAGGCGGUUCUACGCCAAGCCCGGAAGAGCCGUGGAACGAAACGGUCACUCCUUCUCUUGUGCCCCCACCGGGAACCAGAAAGCACACUCCUCACAGCAUCAUCAUCGGCGUCCGAAAAGGUGGCACUCGGGCUCUGCUAGAGAUGCUGGAUAUUCAUCCCGAAGUGGCGGCGGCCGCCACAGAGGUUCACUUCUUUGACUGGGACGAGAACUACGCUAAAGGCUUCGAGUGGUAUCGGGAGCAGAUGCCCUAUUCGUACCCGCAUCAGAUCACUGUGGAAAAGACGCCGGGGUACUUCACGUCUCCCGUGGCUCCCGCACGGAUACACGCCAUGAACUCGUCCAUCAAACUACUGCUGAUCUUGAGAGAUCCGACGGAGAGGGUCAUCUCGGACUACACGCAGGUUUACUUCAAUCGCCUGGAGAACCACAAACCCGUGCAGGCCAUCGAGCGCAUGCUGGUGAAGAACGGCGCGUUAAACACUCGCUACAAGGCGAUCCAGCGCAGUCUGUAUGAUGUGCACAUGAGAAACUGGCUCCAACACUUUCCCCCGGAGCAGAUACACAUAGUCGAUGGAGACACGCUGAUCCGUGACCCCCUGCCUGAGCUCCAGAGGGUCGAACGUUUCCUGGAUCUGCCACCUCGGAUCGAGGCCUCCAACUUCUACUUUAACCAAACCAAAGGCUUUUACUGCAUCCGCAGUGAUGGCCACGAGAGAUGUCUGCAUGAGUCUAAAGGACGUCCUCACCCUCCCGUCAACAGCACCGUGCUGCGACAGCUGCGCUCUUACUUGCGCCAGCAUAAUCAAAACUUUUACCGACUUAUAGGACGUGACUUUAACUGGCACUAGUUUGUUGAACUUACUUGCCAAGCAAUCACAGUCCCGGUAAGGAGAUGAUGGACGGUGAUCUUCAGAUGGACAGAUGUUAUAAAUGAUUCCUCUUGUGUUGUUACAAAGUUACGGGAAAUAAGAAAUUUGAGUGGUUUUCUCUCUUUGUUUGUUUGAUAUUCUUGUACUUGAUAAUAAAUGAAUCUGCUUCUAAAAU